UUCUUUUUCGUUUCUUUCUAUUCUGUGUUUCUGUUGCCCAUUUUAUUUGAAAAAGAAACUGAAAAUCGAUAGCAAUGACGACGCCAACUCGAGAUGCAAUCGAGAGUUUCAAGAGCAUAACUGGAGAAUCGGAGUCGGUUGCUUUACGGAAAUUAGAGGAGUAUGGUGGCAAUUUAAAUGCGGCUGUCAGCGCACAUUUUCUUGAACUGGAAAGAAGCAUCACGAAUCCGGUAUCUUCUGCUUCUUCUCAGAAUAAUUUUGUUGAUACGAACAAUCAAAGUGGACUUGGAACAGGUGGAAUUGUUCCACUCAUCUCUGCUGUUAGAAGAUUUAGGCCUUCAUUAUUGCUUGACCCCAAUUACAGGAGAAAUUUGUUAAACCAGAUCGGCACUCCUAAUUUCAAUCAUUAUACAACAUCUCCUCAUAUGGGAGAAGUGACCGGGGUCCCUGUAGGGUUUAACAGUCGAAAUGAGCAUCCUCUGAAUUCAGGAGUCAGACCUGUCAUCACGGAUUCACCAGGAACACCAUCAUACUAUGGAGAGGGGACUUACAACAAUGUCUCAAGAGAUGAUCAUCAACAUACCAAUGAUAUAGAAUCUGAAAUGAUGCAAGCUGCAAUUGAGGCUUCUAAGCGGGAUUUUGGACAGACAUAUAUGAAUGAGCGACGUGGUUCUUUCUAUGGUUCAUCUAGUGUUGGGCUUCAACAACAGCAAGAAGAUGAAGAGCUUGCUCGUGCAAUUUCAUUGUCUUUGAAGACAGCAGAUGAAGAGAAAGCAAUGCGUAUGCCGAAGGAUCAUUAUGAACAAAUGGGAACUUAUGAUUCAAAUGAUAAAACUACGGAAACGACUAAUAACAGCUCGAAGUGUGUUGAAUUCAAGAUAGGAAACUCAUCACUUAGACAACUACCAGUGACUCAUGAAUCUGUCCAUGAUACUCAAAAUCAUCUUCUGAGUAAAGAUUCCUUGAAUUCUAAUGAGUGGGUUGAUAUUUCACAGAAAGAGCUUGAUGAAGCAAUUAUGCUGGAGACCCAACUUUUUAGCCAGAUUUCUGAAGGCAGUUCGUAUCACCCUUCUCAUGAGCAAGGUGGUCCCGGUAGCAGCAUUAAUCCUGGCCUAGAGGCUGUAUCCUGUCCACAACCAUCCUCUUUAAUGGACCAACGUUUACUGCGGCAACAGCAGGAUGAGGAGUAUCUGAUAUCUCUAUUAGCUGACAAAGAAAAGGAGAUGAUUGCUCUUAAGAAAGCUGAAAGUCAUAGUUUGAAAGAAGAAUCUCUCAGAAAGAAACAUGAAGGAGAGGAAGUCAACAAGGUAAUGUCAGCAAAAAGUACUUCACUCCCACCAGAGCCAGCAAUAGAUGAUGAGAAUGCAAUAACUAUACUUGUUAGGAUUCCAGAUGGCACCCGCCGUGGACGUCGCUUUCGCAAGUCAGACAAGCUCCAGCUUCUCUUUGACUUCAUAGGUGUUGGGGAAGUGGUGAAGCCAGGGACUUACAGAGUGGUAAGGCCAUAUCCUCGCCGUGCUUUUGGUGCCGCUGACUGCUCUUUAAGUUUCAACCAACUUGGUCUGACAGGCAAACAGGAAGCAUUGUUUCUGGAAUUCAUAUAGCAUCGACUGUUUUGCCUUAUUUUCAUGAGCUUUUGUAGUUUUUCGCCAGAGAAAGAAAAGGAAAAUACCAAUUUUGGUAAGUUCCAAUCAAUCCACGUUCAUAGAUAACUCCAAGAGUGUUGAGCUGAUCAGCCUCGACGGGUACAGCGUUCAUGACCCAGACGGGGUCAUCGACAAGAGCUGCUGCAAAGCCUCCCAAAUAUGCAUUCAUAUCCAACAAGUUGCGGUAUCGCCCUGUCUGUGCUAGCUGAUAGUCUAUAUUCUUAUAAUAUGCUACUCUCUCCUUCCAUAGCUCUGUGUUCUCUACGAAGUUGUUUCCUGUAACUCCUGUUAAACUUCCACUGCUGAUCCUUGGAGGGAUUGCAUUCAGCCUCUGUGGCCAUUUUGGUAAUUGCCCACCUGCAAUUUCCUUUAUUUCGGAUACUUGAGGCAAUGGGGUUAAACAUUUCUCCAAUUUUGUAUACCUGCUCCACAAAUUGAGUAACUUUUUAGUGGAGAGUGAAAAAGAAAGAUAAACUCGGUUGUUUUAUGUAUGUAUGUAACCCUUUCAAGAUUAGGCAUUUAAUAGAUUUGGUUGGAAUCGCGACAUCAA